UUGAACGGUUGACAGAGAGAAGGCAUGGCAUCGAAUUUAGAAGAAACACUUAGUAGGCUUUUACUGCCGGAUAAUAACACGAUCAAGCAGGCUACUCUGCAAUUGAAGGAGAUUUUUAAAGACCCCAACAUUGUGCCGGGUUUGUGUCAGAUACUUGGUUCCUCACAAUCUGCUCAGGUAAGACAACUGGCAGCUGUUUUGUUGAGAAGGAAAGUUCAGAAGGGGCGACAGUGGAGAGCACUGCCAGAAAAUGUCUGUCAGAACAUCAGAGAAAACAUCUUACAGUUGCUGUUACAAGAACCAGAGAAAUUUGUGAGAAAUUCCAUUGCCCAAGUAGUAGCUAUAGUAGCAAAGCAUGAUCUACCAAAGAACCAAUGGCCCCAGCUCUUCCAGUUCAUACUGGCCUAUACUAAAAGUCAGAACAGUGCUGAAAGAGAGAUUGGUAUGUUUGUCCUGUACUCGGUGGCAGCCGCUGCGGGGGAGCAGCUAAAGCCCCACCUGACCUCUGUACUACAGCUGGUUAACGAGGUCAUUCAGGACUCCGAAAAUCAACUCGUCCCAUACUAUGCCAUAAGGACUGUGACAGAAGUGAUAUUCUUCAUUGGAGAUGAUGAAGUCAAAUACAUACAGAAUGUGAUUCCUCGUAUGUUACAAGUUGUCCAGGAAAUUAUCCCUGUAGAUGAAGAUAAGGCAUGUGAACUGUUGGAAGUGUUUGACGAGAUGUUGGAAUGUGAAGUCUCCAUCAUUGUUCCUCAUAUCAAAACCACACUAGAAUUCUGUCUACAGGUUGCUAGUCGUCAUGAUCUGGGAGACAACAUGAGAGUUAAAGCCAUGUCCUUUGUGGCAUCUCUAGUCAGGCAGAAAAAGAAGGCGUUUCUGAAGCACAAGAUGGUGGACCCUGUUUUAUCCAUUCUGUUCCCCAUCAUGUGUGCUGGUAGUGAGGAGGAUGAGGAUGAAGACGACCUGGAUGAUCCGGAAUGUAGGAUGCCAUCCAUGUAUGCUCCACAGGUGAUAGACACAAUGGCAAUCCAUUUACCUCCAGACAAGGUCAUUCCCAAUGUUAUCAAACUGGUAGAACCCAACAUUGUGAGUGAGUCCCCCUCCCACAGACGGGCCAGUUUCCUUACUUUAGCGGUUGUUGUAGAGGGAUGUGCCGAUUACAUAAAACAAAGACAUCUGCAAGCACUUCUACAGUGUGUUGUUAAGGGGCUCAAUGACCAAGAUCCAGGAGUACGAAACUCGGCUCUGUUUGCUCUAGGACAAUUCUGUGAGCACUUACAGCCAGAGAUAACGACAUAUGCAUCAGAGUUGAUCCCCUUGUUGUUCCAAUAUCUUGGCAAAGCAACACAAGAAGUAGACAAGAAUCCCAAAGGACUAACAAAGUGUUACUAUGCUCUGGAAACUUUCUGUGAAAAUCUGGAUAAGGAUAUCUUACCAUACUUGCCUACUCUGAUGGAGCACACAUUGUCAACGCUGAAAACUGCCACAAAUACUCGAGCAAAGGAACUAGCCAUCAGCGCUAUAGGAGCUACUGCAAAUUCUGCCAAGGAAUUACUAAAACCAUACUUUGCUGACAUCAUAGAGCAAUUUAAACCAUAUCUGGUACCUCACUCAGAGACUGGGGAUACCUCAGAGGAGGACAUUAGAAAGCUACAGAUUCAAACAUUGGAUACCCUAAGUGUGAUAGCAAGAAGCAUAGGAGCUGAAACCUUUGCCCCUAUUGCAAAAGAAUGUGCUGAGUUUGGAAUCAACUUACUCAACACUGUAGAUGACCCAGACCUUAGAAGAUGUGUGUAUGGACUCUUUGCUGCCUUGUCUGUCAUCAUGAAGAAGGAUAUUUCACCCUACCUGGAGGUCUUAGUCACGUUUAUGAUGGCCUCCCUGAAGUCCACAGAGGGAGUACAGACCCACUACAAGGAGGAUGAGGAUCAGGUGGCUAUCUUCAAUGAGGAGGACCUGUGUGAUGAGGAAGACAUUGCUGAGGAGGAUGAAGAGGAGGAUGAGGAAGAUCAGAAAAUACAGGGAAUCAGUGUAAAGAAUGAAUUUUUGGAUGAAAAAGAAGAUGCUUGUUGCUCUUUGGGAGAACUGGCUGGAAACACAGGGGCAGCAUUCUUUCCAUUCUUGGAGCAAUCAUUCAAGGAAGUGUUGGAGAUGAUUGACUACCCAGCUCCCGGGGUGAAGAAAGCGGCCAUUGCUGCUGUGGGACAGAUGUGUAUAUGUGUACACCAGGCCAACCAGGAACUGCAGUCCCCGGAGACUCAGACUGCCCUGACUAACAUGUUGUCAGCCGUGGUCCUGAAGCUGCUGGCAGUGAUGGGAGAGGACAUAGACAGUAUGGUAGUCAUGUCAGCCAUCGACACGCUGUAUGAAAUGUUGGACAAGAUUGGACAGCCUGUCAUACAGGUUCAGGGAGUCUCUGAUGCGAUACUCACCCGCAUGAAGGAAGUUUUCACUCACAAGUUGGCCUGUCAGGAUCAGGACACAGAAGAAGAUGAUGAGGAAGCAGAAUUUGAUGGAAUGUUAAUUGAGUCAGCCGGAGAUGUUUUACCUGCAAUGGCUAAACUGUUAGGUGGACCAGUCUUUAUGCCUUUCUUCAGCAGUUUCCUAACAGAUCUUCAAAAACGACUGAAAGAAACAAGUUCAGUAGCAGAAAGGUCAUUUUCAAUAGGAACCAUUGCUGAAAUAAUCCAAGCCUCGGGCAGUGCUGUUGUACCAUUCCUACAGAAGUUGUAUCCAUUGUUUGUCAAGUUUGUUAAGGACCCUGAUGAGGAAGUCUGUAGCAAUGCAGUGUUUGGAAUGGGAUGUUUGUGUUCUAGCUGUGGAGACCACUUAACUGGCCAUUAUGCAGAAAUUCUGAAGACUCUGCUGGAGAUCCUGAACAAAACCUCAAAUGUUCGUAUCCAUGACAAUGUGUGUGCUGCCACCUGCAGAAUGAUCAUGACCAGUCAGAAAUCCUUACCACUCGAACAAGUACUCCCAGUCGUACUUCAGUGCUUGCCAUUGAAGGAAGAUUUUGAGGAAAACAAGACUGUGUUUGAAUGCUUAUUUCAACUGUAUGGCAAUGGUGAACAGGAG